CCCAGCAACACCGCCUCUCACCGCCUCCCACCGCCUCCCACCGCCUCCCACCACCUCUCACCGCCUCUCACCCCUUGCUAUCAACCCAAGAAGCUCCAGGCAGAGCUUCCAUACCUCGAGAUGGGCGGAGAGUGCUGCAGCCGCACCGGGCCAAUGGCGAGGCCGGGUGGAGAGUACCCGCAGCUGGCUGCUGGGCCCGUUGGAAAGCAGAUACAUAGCAUUUAUCAGAGCAGGCUGAAGCAGUUCACGGACGGUGGGCAGUAUAGGGAGCAGAGUCUGAUAGGCAAGCUCGACGAGGCCCGCGUCAAGGGCACCGACACCAGCCACGUCAAGCUCUCCGUCUACUCGCCGCCCGGCCAAUCACGUCCGCUCUUCAAAGAAGCCACGAGCCACAGCUUCACACCCACAAACGUCGGCGCGUCCUUCGGGCCCAGCUGGUCGACACACUGGUUCAAGGUGCAGGUCACCGUCCCCAAGGACCUGCUGAAGAAGGAGCGCCUCGAGUUCCACUGGGACGCGGACAACGAGGGCCUCAUCUGGACCGAAGACGGCCACACAGUCCAUGGCCUGACGGGCGGUGGCGAGCGCGUCGAAUGGAUUCUCCCCGAUAUAUUCCGCGAUGGCAAGGAGCACACGUUCUACAUCGAGAUGGCGUGCAACGGCAUGUUCGGCAAUGCGCCGGGCGGGGACUCGAUCCAGCCGCCCGCCCCGGACAAGCACUAUACGCUGCACACUGCGGAUAUCGUUGCUGUGAAUCUGGAGGCAAGGGCGCUGUACUUUGACUUCUGGGAGAUUGGCGAUGCGGCACGCGAGUUCCCGCAGGAGUCGGUCGAGGCGCAUGGUGCGCAGCAGGUCGCGAAUCGGAUCAUGGAUGCAUUCAUCGCUGGUGGUGGGAGCACGGAGAGCAUCAAGAAGGCAAGAGAGAUUGCGCGCGAGUACCUGGGGAACGUCGACUCGCACAAGGUGUAUGAUGGCGAUAAGGAGGCGCUUGUCACGGGUAUUGGGUACUGCCAUAUCGAUACCUGUUGGCUGUGGCCUUUUGCGGAGACGAAGCGCAAGGUCAAUCGCUCGUGGUCGAGCCAGUGCGAUCUUAUCGAUCGGUACCCGGAGUUGCGGUUCUGCUGCUCGCAGGCACAGCAGUACAAGUGGUUGGAGCAGGACUACCCAUCUACGUUCGACCGCGUCAAGAAAAAGGUCAAGGAGGGUAGCUUCCAGCCGAUUGGCGGGUCAUGGGUCGAGCACGAUACGAACCUGCCUGGCGGCGAGUCUCUCAUCAGGCAGUUCCUGUACGGACAGCGAUACUUCGAGAGCAGGUUCGGACAGCGAUGCAAGACCUUCUGGCUUCCAGACACCUUCGGCUACUCAACUCAACUACCUCAGAUCUGCCGCAUCUCAGGCAUGACAAGGUUCUUGACCCAAAAGCUGAGCUGGAACAACAUCAACAACUUCCCCCACACCACUUUCAACUGGGUCGCGCUCGACAACAGCCAGGUCAUCUGCCACAUGCCGCCAUCCGAGACGUACACCGCCGAAGCCAACUUCGGCGACGUCAAGCGCAGCGUCGCACAGCACAAGUCGCUCGACCAGGACCAGACAUCCCUCCUCGUCUUCGGCAAGGGCGAUGGCGGUGGCGGACCAACAUGGCAGCACCUCGAGAAGCUGCGCCGUUGCCGCGGCAUCAGCGACAGGACCAGCCUGCUACCGCGCAUCAAGCUCGGCGACUCUGCAGACGACUUCUUCGACAAGCUGGAGAAGAAGGUCGAGAAUGGUACGGAGCUCGUCACCUGGUACGGCGAGCUGUACUUCGAGCUGCAUCGCGGCACGUACACGACGCAGGCCAACAACAAGCGCAACAACAGAAAGAGCGAGGUUCUACUCAGGGAUAUUGAGUACCUUGCUACGCUGGCAACGAUCAAGAAUGGGUUUGGCAAGAGGAGUGCGUAUAAGUACCCGAAGAAGGAUAUCGAUGAUAUGUGGGAGAACGUGCUGCUUUGUCAGUUCCAUGACUGUUUGCCGGGCAGCUCGAUUGAGAUGUGCUAUGACGAUUCUGAUAAGAUCUACGCGCAAGUCUUUGCAACGGGCGAGAGACUUCUGUCUGAGGCGCUAUCUGAGCUCGGCUUCGACGAGGAGAGUUCACUCAGCCCGAACAGCAAACUUUGCACCCUCAACACCUUGCCCUGGAAGCGCAGCGAGAUCGUCAAGCUCCCUAGCUCCCACCCUCACAAGUACGGCCUCGCACAUGGCGACGCGUUGAGCACAAUGUCCAUUCGUCCGCUCGCGUCUGCUCACUCCGCGGCUACUGCUUCCAUCGCAGAGACCAGCCCCGGCGUCUUUGAGCUGCGCAACUCCCAGUACACCGUAGAGGUCACAGACGGCGUCAUCACCUCGCUUUACGAUAUCAAGGCCGAACGAGAGUUGAUACCAAAGGGUAAAAAGGCAGCACAACUGGUCAUCUUCGACGACAAGCCUCUCUACUGGCAAGCAUGGGACGUCGAAGUCUACCACCUCAACUCCCGCCAGGAGCUCUCGCCCAACAAAGUUUACAUCUCCUCCUCCGACACUGCCAAGGUCUCUCUCACCAUCGAAACCAAGAUCUCAGACAAGUCCUGGAUCACAACAAAGCUCUCCCUGCCUGCAGCAAUCGGCAACUCACCAUCCGCGAUCGAGAUCGAAGCGGAGACCGAAUGGCACGAGACCAUGAAAUUCCUGAAGGUCGAGUUCUCAGUCGACAUCACCAACACCGAAGCCUCCUACGAAACGCAAUUCGGCAUCGUCCGCCGGCCGACGCACUACAACACAUCCUGGGACAUGGCUAAGUUCGAGGUCUGUGUGCACAAGUGGGCCGAUCUUUCCGAAGCAACAUAUGGUGUGUCGAUCCUCAACGAUAGCAAGUACGGGUUUGCGGUUGCUGGCAAUGUGAUGCGUCUGAGUCUGCUCCGCGCUCCCAAGGCGCCAGAUGCGCAUGCGGAUAUGGGCCGUCAUCACACCAAGUACGCUAUCUUCCCGCACGCAGGCCCGCUCACACACGCCACCGUGCGCAAGGCAUUUGAGUUCAAUAGCCCCCUUCGCGUCGUCGGGCACCGGGCACCGACCACCGCUGGCGAUCUCGCUGGUGAGCGCGUGGAGGCUGGUAAGCCCGGUUUGCUGAGCACGUUUAAAAUUUUUGGUGCGGAUAAUUUGGUUCUGGAUACUAUUAAGCGCGGUGAAGAUGAUGAGGAUGUUUCAAGGGGCGAGUUGCCUGUGAAGAAGGGGCACUCUGUCAUUAUUCGUGUUUACGAUGCUAUGGGUGGGAAGUCGAAGGCUGUACUGUCCUGGGGCGAUAUCAAGGUCAAGAAGGUGGUUAGGACGAAUGCACUGGAAGAUGAGGAGGAGGAUUUGAGUGAGAACAUGGUGGGGGUUGAGGGUGGGGAGCUGAAGGGUGUCAAGAUUGAGGUUAGGGCUUUUGAGGUGGCUACUUAUAAGUUGGUUCUGGAGGAUUAGAUGGCGUUGCAUGUGUUUGACUUGGACUGC